AUGAGAAUUUUGGAGUUGUGUUGGCAGUUGGAACAGGCAGCGCUGCCAGCUGCAGAAAUCGCCUGGACAGACUUCACAGAGAGCAGUCAGGAAAAUAGUCUUAGUCAAUCUUCCUCAGUUUCCUGCUGGGAUGAUAAUCGCAGUCUUGAUGCUCCCCGAGAAGCUUUGAACACGUUGCUUAGUUUGUCAGGAUUAAGCCCCGUUAAAAAGUUACAAGGGCAGAUAACUGAAGCCAGCAGAAGAACCCAACAUCGAUACAUAUCGAAAGCUGCUCAGUGCUUUGAUUUGAUAUGCAACACCAUUUGUCCUGGAGAAGCUGAAUUUAUUAAAUCCGCUAUAUUUCAAGAACAGCAGAAUAAAGAUCAGGAUACGCCAACCUUCAAUACUCUUGUGGAGAUAUAUAAACGAGCAGAAACAUGGCACCUACAGAGGCAAAUUCUGUCAAUCAUAUCUGACCAACACAGCUUCGAAGAAGUGAAGAAACUUGUUCCUGACGUGACUCAGUACAAAUUUAAGGCUGCUAAACAGCAUUGCAACCAGUUUGGUAUUGGAGAGCCUGUGUCCAAGAGAAAACAAGUCAGAGAAAAGUUUGAUCCCAACACAGUAUGCAAUGAAGAGAACAUAAAGCCAUUAGGUUCAAGCACAUUGUACAAACUCCUAGAUGACUGCUCUGCAUUGGUCAGGCAAAGCAUUGAAGGUCUUGACAACUAUGUUAUGGAGGGUUGUAGAGCUUUUAAAGACCUAGAGUCGGUAGUCCAAGACCUUGGAUUGACAAGCAUGGAAUCCAACUCUGUGCAAGAAAAUCUGCAAAAUGCAAAGCGAUACCUUAAAUCUGAGCUAAAGGUACAUGUCACAAGGGAAAACCCAGUUGCUGAUCAUUGCCUGUCAUAUGCUCUGAGUUCAACAGAUUCCAACUUCAAAACUUUAUGUGAUCAUAACCAUGACUCAUCAUGCCAAGAGUGUGUAAACAUGAAUACCACUUUAAACUUCAUCAAGAGCAAGGCGGAGAUACAUGAAUGGAGAAACAAGGAAGCUGUUUUGUACACUGUAGAAGAGUCGAUAUCGGCAAUACGGAACUGGAAAAGCCAUGUGAUUCGUUCAAGAAACCAGGAGGAGGCUAGAUCCGUGAUUGUUGACAACAUGACAAAUGUUGAUGCUGUCAUCACUUGUGAUUGGGCUAUGAAAUUUCUUCCAAGGAAAUAUAGAGAAGGACAAGUAGACUGGUUUGCAAAGAGGGGCAUAAACUGGCACAUAACCGUUUCACUUCUAAAACAUCAUUGCUCCUAUUCUACGAUAACGCACAUCCAUAUAUUUGAACAACCAACAGCACAGGAUGCAGCAGUCACAUCACAGAUCCUUGUGGAUGUUUCAAAGGAUAUAAUGGCCCUUAAGAAAGAUGUAACCCGGUUGCAUUUUUUCUCAGACAAUGCUGGAUGUUACAAAAGUUCCUCCACACUGUUGACUCUUCAACAUGAACUUCCCUCCAGUAUAGUGUCCUACAACUUUUGUGAGGCACAGAAUGGAAAAGGGCCAUGUGAUAGACGUGCUUCUCACAUCAAAUCCAUCAUCAAACGCCAUGUCAAUGAGGGCAAUGAUGUCACAACAGCACAGCACAUGAAACAGGCUGUAGACAAGGAAAAUAAAGAUGACCUUAGAGUCAAAGUUGUCACAUCUGUAAACAUUUUGGAUGCAACACCCAGAAAAAGCACCAUACCAUGUAUCUCGCAGAUGUACAACUUCCAAUUUACAGAAAGUGGACUCAGGAUGUGGAAAGCCUAUUCAGUUGGUAAAGGAAAGUUACUAACCUGGGAUCAUCUAAGUGCCCCAGAAAAUUCUGUAGAACUAAAGACAGUGGCUGGAUGGAUUGGCGGAGGAAUUUCAGAAAUGGAAGAAGAAACUCCUGAGGACACUAGUGAGGAGAAUCCAUCUAGAUCAUCUGUUCUGGAAUGUCCGGAGGGAAGUUGCUCCAAGACAUUCUCUACACAAAAGGCUCUUGAAAAUCAUGUAAACAUGGGCAACUGUAGUUUCAGAAGCGAUGCCAAAAUGAACAUUUCAGAGAAGGCAAAGAGGAUGUAUGCAGAUAAGAUUUUGUCUUUCCAGCCACAAAGAUCUGUGGUUUUAGAGUCCCACAGCAAUACUGAUGUAUGUAGAUGUUCAGAAUUAGACAUGGGAUGGGCCAUUAAAGAAAACAGACAAAGAGUAACUUUCACUUCUGGGCAGAAAGCUUUCAUGACAGAGAAGUUCGAUAUUGGGAAGAGGACUGGCAAUAAAGUAGAUCCGUAUAUUGCAGCGGAGGAGAUGAGGAAUUGUGGACUGUUUAGUAGGUCAGAAUUCCUUUCUGGUCAGCAGAUAUCUUCUUUCUUCUCCCGUCUUUGUCAAAAGGAGAAGAGGAUGACUGCUGCAGAUUUCUGUGCCUCAGAGGAAGAAGACCGAAAAGAUCAGAUAAGGAAUCUCCUAUUAGAUCAAAAUAAUUAGGCGUAGGGGUGAGGGGUGGGGGAGAUCGAUUAUAUCUGUUGAUUAGCUUUUAAAUUUGAUAUGUAAUACAACAUUGUACUAGUUUUUCAACAUAUGUGACAAAAUUUUACUGUAAGACCAGCUACAUGUAUUAGAAAUAUAUGCCUUUGUGCAAUGUAAAUUAUAAACUCAUGUUGCAACUGUGAUAUAAAGCCUAACAUUUGAAUUAUUUACCAGUUGCUGAAAAGUUGACAGAUUGUGAAAAUGCAGCUCAAAUGAAAGUUAUAAAAUUUUUAUGUACAUGUAAUAUGAUCGUUGUUGAAUAUUUCUGCAACUUGGAAAAUACCAUACUGUUCAUUCCCACAUGCUUAGUACGUUAAGCUCCCGCUAGUCAAAAUAGAUCUCAUGUCAUUUUGUUAUAGGAAUUGGCAGUUCUCUCUUUAAGGUAUGCACUGACGAUAUGCACAUGCGAUAGCCAAAUUUCAUAUAUAACUGUAACAAACAAAUGUACAUUUGUUGAUUAAUAAUUUGAUAUAUUUGACGUUUUUAUUGAUAUAUUAUAAUUCAAACAAUCAGACAAUCAAUCAAUUUUAAUACUUGCCAGUUAUGAUAUGCCUAUAUGUUUCUAUGGCAACAUACAGAUUGUAUGAUCAAAUGCUUGUUUGAUUGUGUUGUGUUUACUUCCUUUAGAUACAUUUAAAUGGGCAAAUCAGAUAUUAAAUACAAUUGAACCCUUGUA